AUGACCUCCCCAACCUCAACCCCACCAUCCCCGAAAAAACCCCAAAUCACCAUAAUCGGCUCUCUAAACAUCGACUUCGUAACAGCAACCCCGCGCUGCCCUGGACCCGGCGAAACCCUCACAGCAACCUCCCUUACCGUCUCAGCAGGCGGCAAAGGCGGGAACCAAGCUGUCGCCUGCGGUCGCUCAUCCUUCACAUCGCAAACAACCCAAGAUGUCUCCGUGAACAUGAUCGGUGCGGUCGGCGCCGAAGACCCAUACUACACGACCCUCCUCCAACCGGCACUCGAGAAAUCCGGCGUCGACACAACAUCCAUUGAGCAAUCGACCGUCGCGCAGACGGGGUCGGCGAGCAUUAUCGUGGAAGAAGCUAUCGGCGGCGAGAACAGGAUUCUCGUUGUUCCAGGCGCGAACCAUGCUGGACUUCUUAGCGAUGUUGGAAAUAUCCUCGCUGCGCUAAAGAGUUACCCAUCGAGUCCCGAUAUCAUUGUGUUGCAGGGCGAGAUCCCGCGCACCACGACGCUAGGCUUGCUGGAGUAUUUCAAUGACGUUUCCGCCGAGGACCGCGCGAAAGUGGUGUUCAAUCCCGCGCCUGUCUUCCCAGAGGGGAUUCCGCUUUCCGCUCUACGUGGCACCGCUGUGCUGAUUAUGAAUGAGACCGAGGUUGUGCAGAUGGCGCGGUCGAUUGAGGGUCUUCCUAUUGGAGAUGUUGUUGAGAGUGAUGAUUUACGGCCCGAGGAGUUGGCGCCGCAGUUCCAUGAGCGUGCGGGUGUGGAGAUUGUUCUUAUCACGCUGGGCGCGAAGGGGGUAUACUACUCGACGAAGACGGGUCGCGCUGGUAUUGUUGCCGGUGUUAAGGUUGCCAAGGUUGUUGAUACUACUGCGGCCGGGGAUACAUUUGUUGGAUAUUUCGCGAGUGCAGUAGCGCGUUUCUUGGCCACCGGACGAAGCCUGGCGGCGUUCGAUGAUGAGGUUGAGGGGGCGGUUUCGAAGGCGAAUGCUGCUGCUGCUCUGUGUGUGCAGAGACGGGGUGCUAUGCAGAGUAUCCCCUUUGCGUACGAUAUGGAAUAA